AUGGCCGUUCUACAUUCGUUCCUUUCCCCUGUGUUACUGCUUGCAGCAUGGGCAAAUACUUGGCCCUUCGCUCUUGCCCAGGCUCGCGGACCUAGAGAUAUAAAAAAUAUGUUUCAGGUUAGCUUCAAUCCUGAUGUGGCAGGGAACUGUGCUGGCCGAGAGAAUGAUUUCUCACAGAUCAUUGAGGAUGCCUACAUCUUAUCAAAGGCUGGUAUUCGGGCAGUCUCGGAUUCCAUGGACAAGGAUUCAAAGACACGAUCCGAGGCGGACAGACUGGUGAGAGCAAUCUUUCAAGACCCGUCUGAUGAGGAACGGGGGAAGAUUACAAGGAGGUUCAAGUUUGUCAGGAACUUCUUCCAAGAGGAGAGCACGAUUCUCCACGGUGCAUCUAAGAACAAACCGUACCUGUUCUGCAGCGAUUCGUGGAGAAUCCGUGAGGAUAUGAGUAGCCAAAUGAAGGACGCGGAGGGCAACCUCAUGAAAGAUGAAAAAGGCUCCCCAUACCUGAUCAAAGACGACAAGAGGAUGAAGUCGCGCCAGAAGGCGGCAAUGAGGGAAUUGGGAGCAUCUAAAGCAAAAUAUGUCUUUCCGUACUGGUGCGAUGGCCUCAAAGCCUACAUGUUUGACAAAGCUUUCGGCAACGACCCUACGCAAGGCCCCUGCAGCUCUGGUGAAAAGAUUCUUGGAUACACGGUCUGGGAAUCAAAAGUGGGCAUUGGCGCUGUCGUGCUCUGCAAUGAGGCCUUCGUCGGUGGCAGAUUACGUUCGGUUAAGGUUGACCCCUUCGACGACAGUGUUUUUGCCAAGGGCAACAAGCCUCCCCUAAAGAAAACGGCCAUUAAGACGGUGUCACCCAUGGCGACAACCUUCUACCACGAGCUUUUCCAUCUCCUGUUUGCAACGGCAAUGGAUCCCGAGAAUGGUGAGGAGUAUCAAUUCAAGCGGAUGACUGGCAAGGAGGCGCGUGUGGGGACCAAAGGGACGCAGGAGACUUUUUCCAAGGAACAAGCUAUCCAAAACCCGCACAGCUAUGUUUAUACUAGCAUUGCGUACGACUAUACGCAAAACGAGAAAUAUACCGGCAAGGAUUCAAACGAUUCUGGGAAGGAUAAAACAUACCCUAUUGAAUUUUACACUGGCUGGGCUACAUACAAUGCAUGA